GUUAUACAAUGAGCAGUACAUCAACUGCAUCUUCAAGAUUACACAAAACAAACAAAUGGUCAGCAGCCCAAGUCAACAUUCUCAAGCGUAAUACUACCUACCAAAAUACUCAUGUAUCUGCCCAAUCCAAUGAGACCCUAA